AUGGUGGCUGUUCAGUUGUUUGGCUGGAAGCCAUUGUUUCUACCUUCGCAAGCUUCGAGACUGAAACAAUUCGCGUCUUUCAACAGGAGAUUGAGUUUACACUCUCUACCUUUAGGUGGGAUCGAGUCUUGUAGAUACAGAGGGAUCUUCAAAGUCAAAUCUCAAAAGACAGGAAACACAGAUCCGUCUAGUUUCAACCUGGAUUCAUUGAAUGCUAUUAAUUCCAAAUUCCAUAAGAGUCUUCCAUAUAAACUAGUGGUAGGAUGCAUCCCACUGUACGCGGUGUUCAGAAUAAUGCAAAAGAUGUUUCAAGAGCUUCCAGGUCUAAUUCAGCACUCGGUGGGGGCUGGCUUGCCUUUCGCUUGUGCGUCGAACUCUCUGAGUAAACCAACUCCUCUCAAGUUGGACGUGUCCAUUCCUUCUUUACAUGAUAUCAAAUGGAGUUUUGCAAGGUUCAUUUACCUGUUCAAUAUCCAGCUUGAGAAGAACAUUGCCACAUUCUCGCUGAGUGUUAUUGUUAGUGUCACUGUGAUGGAGAUUAGCAUUGUUCAUAUGUUGUUAAAUUCUAUUUUACUCUUUGUGGCUGUGACAUCGCUUCUGAUCAAUUGCCGUGGCGGCUAUCUUAGGUUCCUCGUGGUGCUUCUGGUAGCAUGCCUAUCGUUUGUUAUAAUUGGGGGAUUCUUGUUUUUCCAGUUCAGGAAAGACACUCAACGCUUCGAAGACUGCCUCUGGGAGGCCUGGUCAUGCCUCAUUUCGUCUUCUUCUCAUCUGAAGCAAAAGACACGCCUUGAAAGAGUCAUUGGAUUUGUGCUAGCCAUUUGGGGAAUAUUGUUUUACUCUCGGCUUUUAAGCACAAUGACGGAACAAUUUAGGAGUAAUAUGCAAAAGCUGAGGGAAGGGGCACAGAUGCAAGUCAUAGAAGCUGAUCAUAUCAUCAUUUGUGGAGUAAACAGUCAUCUGCCUUUCAUUCUAAAGCAACUGAACAGUUAUCAUGAGCAUGCUGUCCGCUUAGGUACCGCCACAGCUAGGAGGCAGAGACUUCUGCUUAUGUCUGAUACUCCAAGGAAGCAGAUGGACAAGAUAGCUGAGGCGUACUCUAGAGAUUUUAAUCAUAUUGAGAUCCUUACAAAGAGUUGUAGUCUUAACAUGACAAAAUCAUUUGAGAGGGCUGCUGCCUCUAUGGCGCGUGCUAUUAUCAUACUACCAACGAAAGGUGAUCGGUACGAAGUUGACACAGACGCGUUUCUUUCUGUAUUAGCCCUACAACCUAUACCAAAUAUGGGAUCCAUCCCAACCAUUGUAGAGGUAUCAACCCCUAGUACAUAUGAUCUUCUCAAGUCCAUUUCGGGACUGAAAGUGGAGCCGGUUGAAAAUGUUACGUCCAAAUUGUUUGUCCAAUGCUCACGUCAAAAGGACCUGAUAAAGAUUUAUAGGCACCUACUAAAUUACUCAAAAAAUGUAUUUAAUCUUUGCAGCUUCCCCAAUCUAGCUGGGAUGAGGUAUAGACAGUUAAGACUUGGCUUCCAGGAGGUUGUGGUAUGUGGCCUUUUACGAGAUGGGAAAGUAGAUUUCCAUCCAAACGAUGACGAAAAGCUGAUGGAAACCGACAAAGUAUUGUUUAUCGCGCCUCUCAAUUGGAAGAAGAAGCAACUUCUGUACACAGACAUGAAAAUUGAAAACGUUACAGUAGAUGAGCCUGACACUCGGAAGCAAGUGUUUGAGAAGAAAAGAUCACGGCUAGCGAAGAUUAUAAUGCGUCCUAGUAAAUCCUUAUCAAAGGGAUCAGAUUCCAUCAAAGGACCAAAAGAAUCUAUACUUUUACUUGGUUGGCGUGGAGAUGUUGUAGAUAUGGUUGAGGAGUUUGAUAAUUAUCUUGGUCCAGGCAGUUCAUUGGAGAUAUUGUCUGAUGUACCGUUAGAGGAUAGAAGUAGAGUGAGCAAUGGUAAAGGUUCAGGGAAAAUCAAGAACAUCCAAGUUUCACAUAGGGUUGGGAAUCCUAUGAACUAUGAGACACUGAAAGAAACUAUAAUGCAUAUGCAAAGUAAAUAUAGGAAAGGUGAAGAUAUUCCUCUGACUAUCCUUGUAAUAUCGGAUCGAGACUGGCUUCUUGGAGAUCCAUCUAGAGCAGACAAACAAUCCGCUUACUCUCUUCUCCUCGCUGAAAGCAUCUGCAACAAGCUUGGCGUUAAGGUACAAAAUCUAGCUGCGGAAAUCGUCGACUCAAAACUCGGCAAGCAGAUAACUGGAAUCAAGCCGUCCCUAACAUUGAUAGCAGCAGAGGAAGUGAUGAGCCUUGUAACAGCACAAGUCGCUGAAAACAGCGAAUUGAACGAAGUGUGGAAGGACAUUCUAAACGCAGAGGGUGAUGAGAUUUACGUAAAGGACAUAGAGUUGUACAUGAAAAAUGGUGAGAACCCUUCAUUCACCGAGCUCUCAGAGCGAGCUUGGCUAAGGAGAGAAGUCGCAAUAGGCUACAUCAAAGGAGGCAAAAAGAUAAUCAAUCCUGUUCCAAAGACAGAACCUCUCUCCCUUGAAAUGACAGACUCAUUGAUUGUUAUAUCAGAGCUUGAAGGAGACCAACCAAUCACACUAUGA